CGCUGUCCGACCGCCAGAAAGACGAGCUCCACCGCGCAAUGCUCGCCUACCUGCACGCCGCGGGGAUGCACAACGCCUACGCCGCCCUCCAGCACGACGCCGCGCUCGCCGACGUCGACCCCCGCGACAGGGCAGUCGGCCUCCUCGAGAAAAAGUGGACAAGCGUCAUCCGCCUCCAGAAAAAGGUCAUCGACCUCGAGAACCGCAACGCAGCCCUCCUCGCAGAACUCGCAGCCGCCGCCCGCCCCGCCGCCCCCGGCCCCUUCCUCCCCCGCCCGCCCCCCCGCCACACCCUCGCCUCCCACCGCGCACCCGUCACACGCCUCGCAUUCCACCCCACAUGGACCCUCCUCGCCAGCGCCAGCGAGGACGCCACCGUCAAGCUCUGGGACUGGGAGGCCGGCGACAUGGAGCGCACCCUCAAGGGCCACACAAAGGCCGUCAUGGACGUCGACUUUGACCCGCGGGGCGGCCUCAUGGCCACAUGCUCCUCCGACCUCACCCUCAAGCUCUGGGACACCGCCAACCAGUACACAAACGUCAAGACCCUCCACGGCCACGACCAUUCCGUCUCCAGCGUGCGCUUCAUGCCCGAUGGCGAGACGCUCGUCUCCGCCAGCCGCGACAAGACUAUCAGGGUAUGGCAAGUCUCCAGCGGCUACUGCAUCAAGACCUUCUCGGGCCACGCCGAAUGGGUGAGAGAGGCCGUUCCCUCAGAGGACGGGCGGUGGCUCGUCAGCGCAUCAAACGACCAGACAUCACGUAUAUGGGACUUUUCAACCGGCGAGACCAAGAUGGAGCUCCGUGGACACGAGCAUGUCGUUGAAUGCGCCGUGUUUGCGCCUGUCAACGCCUACCCUGCGAUCAGAGAACUAGCCGGUUUAAAACCGCCAGCACCACGCGAUACGAGAGCAAAGUCGCCCGGUGUCUACGCCGCUACAGGAUCCCGAGAUAAAACUAUAAAGCUGUGGGAUGCCCUUUCCGGUCAAUGUCUACGCACACUCGUCGGCCACGAUAACUGGAUCCGCGCACUCGUCUUCCACCCGUCCGGCAAAUACCUCCUCUCCGCCUCGGACGACAAGACCAUCAAGGUAUGGGACCUCGCAAACGGCCGAUGCACGAAAACGAUAGAAGCGCACAGUCAUUUUGUCACGUCCAUGACCUGGGGCAGGGCCGUCGGCGCGAGCGGGGGUAUAGAAAAGGUGAAUGGCGAUGCGUCGAGUAAAGAACCGAGAAGAAUAAACGUCUUGGCCACCGGGUCGGUAGACCAAACGAUCAAGGUCUGGACACCCUAGCACGAUUUUUCCUUCACCCCGAUAUAUCAGCAUUAUAUUUGUAAAAAACGUAUUUAUAGAAAUACCUCCCGGGCUUUUUAUCUAUCUCCAUACCCCCUUUCCCACAUUCAGUCGCAUGUUUUCGGCGGAUUUACAACACUCUCCAUAUCGAGAUGCAACAGUAUAA